AUGUACACUGAUAAGGAUGUGUUAUGUUAUGAGAAAUCCGAAAAUACGACUUCAAAUAGUUUGAUAGCUAAAGAUGAAGAAAAUUCAAAUAAAAGGAUUUUGCCCAAACGGAAAGCGAAAUCGAGAGGACGCAGGUAUUUUGAGGACCUAUUUGUUUCGAAUUCACCACCGAGCAAACGUAGUCGAUCAUCAAUGGUGUUACAGCAAGCUAAGCUGGUUCAAGCUUCUAGCUAUAGCGAGAACUUAAAUAUCUUUGGAUUUGAGAAUGAAGAUAUAGAUAGCGAGAAUGAUUCUGAAAAUGUGAAAUCAAAAGUGUUUCAUGCUCCACGAAUAUCAUGUCCUCUUCCAUUAACGAUAAUCGGAACACCAAAAGUUUGCGUAAAAAGGGUCCCGGUUGCUUCAAUUCGGAAACAGAAGAGAAGGACGUUUGAUAAUAUUGGACAAGGAAAUAGUUUUUCUUUGCGCAAAACGCUUACUGGGAUUAACUUCACUGAUGAUGAAGUUGGGAAAAAUAAAUGUGGAAAAGUUAAAGAAAAUGUGGACAAGCCCAUUAAACGGAUUGAUGGCUUGUAUCUAGAUGAAUAUAAAAAACCAUUGAUUAUACUAAAGCGAACGAAAAUUUUUGCCGAGGGCAGAAUUAUCAGCGAUGAGCAUAACUCCUCAGGAUGUGGAUCUGAAGAUGAUAGAACGUACUCAGAUACCGAAGCUAAUUCAAACUUUUGCUCUGAAGGAGAUCGAAAAAUAAAGCGUCAAAACAACUCAAUGUGCCAAAGCAGACGCUUAAUUAGAGAAAAAGAAUCGAACGAUAAAUAUACUGCAUAUGGUAUCAUUUCGAACGUUUGCCCAAGGACACAGAGAGUUGAAACUCUGGAAGCGGUUCUUCGUCGUUUACAUACAUUUGAGAUUCCGGAAAGGUUGCCAUGUAGGGAGGCGGAAUUCGAACGAAUAUGCUUAUUUAUAAAGGGAUGUAUUACGAAUAAUGCAAUCUCACAGGCAAUGUAUGUAAGCGGCGUACCAGGUACCGGCAAAACUGUAACUGUGCUGCAGGCUGUGCGUUACCUAAAAGCUUCAAAAAAUUUCUCUGCAUUUGAUUUUGUUACCGUUAAUGCGAUGGAAUUAUCAGAUCCAAAGCAAAUAUUUGUCAAAAUUUAUCAAGAUUUGUUCAAUUUUAAGAAGAAAAUCGCACCAAAAACAGCGCGAAAGAAAUUGAACGAUAUCUUUCAGUAUCGUGAUAAGAGACGAUUGCCAAUUAUUGUUUUAGUUGAUGAGCUGGACUUAUUAAACACUAAGAAGCAGGAAAUAAUUUACGAUAUAUUUAAUUGGUCAGCGAAUGAAGAAUCGCUUGUAAGUGUCAUAGCCAUUGCGAAUACGCUCGACCUUCCGGAGAGGCUUUUUUCGCAACGCAUUUCAAGUCGAUUGGGCGCAAACAGGCUUUGUUUCCAGCCAUAUGAUCAUGACGAAGUUUCACACAUCAUCCGAGAUCGUCUGCGUGGUUCAACUGCUGUUGAGGCGGAAGCUAUUGAAUUGGCAAGCCGGAAAGUGGCAGCUAUCUCUGGUGAUUUGCGAAAAGCUCUAGACAUCUUACGAAGCGCUACGGAGCUUGCGAUCAGUGCUAACCAGAAACAGCUUACAAUGAAAAAUGUGCAAGAGGCUAUUCGUCAAGCAUCUACAAGUAUUCGAGUUGAGUUGAUACGAGCUUUACCGCGUCAUUCUGUUCUACUUCUUCGUGCUGCCCUUGCUGAACAGCUGAGUUCAGGCUUGGAUGAAUUUCAGUUUCACAUUCUUUUUAAACAAUAUCGUUUGCAAUGCAAUGUUGCAAACAUUAAUCCUGUGUCGACAAGUGCUGCAUAUCGAAAUGCUAUGGAAAUGUGUAGUGAACGAUUGUUGGUAGCAGCGUCUGGAACCGGUAAUAUGUCUCGACGUUUCCGUCUUGGAAUGACAACACAUGACGUGCAGUUUGCUUUCAAACAAGUCAAUGAAGCAGUCCUUUAA